AUGGCGCGGGCGCUCGCGACGGGACGGGCGGAGAUGCGCGCGGAGGAGAGGAAGGAUGGAGACGCGACGAGCGACGGUGCGGUGGAGACGACGGGUGAUGCGGGUGGUCGAACGGGCGCGUCGACGUCGGGGGCUGCGGAGGGGGCGUUCACGCCGAGAGUUUCGGCGGCGUACGCGCACGCGUUCCCGGAGGCGAGCGCAAAGUGUUGGUGCGUCGACGUCUGGGACGAAGAGGGGGUGAAGACGACGAUGUCGAUCACCAAGGCGGUGCCUAGGGUGCGGAAGAUUCAAAUUACCGCUCGCACGGAGUCGCCGGUUUUGAUCGAGGAGGAGGUGAAGGCGAUUGUUGAUGAGUGGAACGAGCGCACGCGCAUCGAGCGCGCGCGAAGAGCCAAGGCGAGACGCAAGGCGGCGGAGGCGGAGCGAAAGGCCGAGGCGGAGACGGAGACGGAGGUAAAAUUGAUAGCGGAGUCAGUCUUAUCGGGCGUCGACGACGACGAUGGCGGCGAGCGGAGAAAGAUGGCCCCGCCGCCGGGAUUCCGCCCUCGAACGCCGCCGGGAUUCGCGGAGCCAACGUACAAGGUCGUGCACGUCCCAGUGGUGGAUCCCGCGAUGGAGGCUCGACAACGCGCGCUCGAGGCACAAGUCGCGGAGCUUCAAGCGCAGUUAGCGGCGCAAAAGGUUCAAGGUGGAGGAUUCACCACGCGAAUGCCGAGCGAGGCACGCAUCGGCGGGCCGCUCUGGUGA